GUUGCUUGGAAACAGACCGACGCCGUAGGCGGAGGUCUGUUGCCUGUAAGCAACAAGCUUGAGAAAGUUGUUAAAAAAUUUUUGAGCAUUUAUCAAUGUUCGAGGGUUAUUCGGAUAGAAAAUUUUUUGCUGGUUAUGAAAAAAAAAAUACAGAGCAGAAACAAUUUAUUUAAAUGUGCAAUUAACAAAGGAACAAUUAGAAAAAUUUAAUGAAGAUAAUUAAUAAUUUCAUUAAUAUUCUCAUCAGUAUUACAACCAAAUCGUGACAUUUUGAAAUAUUGAAUAUUUGAAAUGUCAAAAUCGAAAUGAAACGAAAUGUAGGUAUCCAUAGCUACAUGCUUGAGUGAAAACAGCCCAUGGAUCUGUUUUCGGUAUAAUGUUGGUUUUAUUGGUUGUAUUCAAUCAGAUGACCACAAAUUAAUUGAUUUCAUUGGAUUUCUAAUUGAGCAAAAAAAUUUCAGUUAAACAAAAUCCGAAAUGGGUGAUUGUGUUAAAGUGCUGCUCAAAGUUUUGCCCCAACAACUUGGUAGUUCUGAACAAAAUGGUGCGUAUAGAAAGAAUAUUAACUUGAAAUGCAUCGACGAACUUUUUAAAAAUGUCCAUAGUAAAGUAGAUGUAGUGAAAAUUAAAGAUUUGCAGAAGAAAGCUGAGGCCGAAAUCCGUGGUGAAGUUCAAUGUCUGGCGUUCAAGUCUCUAAAAGUAAUUUUAUUAAAUACCAAUGAAGAAGAAAGACUCAUUCACUACAAUGAUUUAACUAAACUUUUCUACAACAGCCUAACUCAAAAAUUGAUAGAAGUGCAUAAGAUGGACAGCCUGCUAACGUUCCAAGAAUUUGAACACCUGGUAAGAAAACUAUUACCUUUGGUUAAGUUGGAAGUACUCCUAGAACAGUACCCCAAUACAAACAACAUCCUUUUCGAAGAACUGGUGGAGUACUUAGAUAUGCCAAAUAUUCUUAGAGAAGACAUUUAUGAAGUUUUACAGAAGAAAUUUGGUCAUAGCAAUUUUAAGCUGAUACGCUAUCACUUGGCAGCAGUAUCCAAUAAAGGACUUUUGACUGAUUGUGCCAGCCUCAACGUUUCAAUAAUAGAAGAAAACGAAGAAAAAACUUGUAAGUUUUUCAUCAAAUUUUUGCCAUCACAAGAAACUAUUCUUCAGAAAUUUAUGAGUGCACUGGCUUUCAAAAAAGAAGUUUUAUUCUAUGGAAAAUUUGUGCCUAUACUAAAAGAACUCGGUGAGACAAAAUUAGAGUUUAUUCCAGAAAGCUACUUGAUUAGAGAUGAUUUGAUGGUAUUAGGUGAUAUUGUUGAGUUAGGAUAUUCCCAUUCCGGCCAAGAUUUCCUUGAUUAUGAUCAUUUAUCUUUAAUAAUAAAAUAUUUUGCUCGAAUUCAUUCAUUCUCUAUUAUUUUUGAAGAAAUCUUGGGUAAGAAAUUAGGGGAGAGAGUUUUGUUAGAUACAUAUAUUCCAGAUUUAAUAGAAGAGUCUCAAAUACUACCAAAUUCCCUCAACAACUAUCAUAUUGAGCACAUGCUAUUGUUUCUAGAUAAGUUCCCAAAUGUAGCUAAAGAUUUUCCAUUGGAAGAUUUUGUCGUUAGAGCUAGAAAGAAGUAUUACGAUGUCUAUAAUGUCGUCAAAAAGUCGUUGAAGCAUAAGAAUGUUUUGAGUCAUGGUGAUGUAUCGCAGCCAAACUUUUUCUAUAAGUUUGAUUCAAAGCACAAACCAUGCAGUGCUGUAGUUUUUGAUUUUCAACUGCUGAGAUAUGUACCCCCAGCUUUGGAUAUACUUAUGUUGCUCCAUGUUAAUGCUACAAAACAAACGAGAGACAAUUGCAUGUCCCAACUUCUUCUAGACUACCACAACGAACUGAACUCAACUUUAAUCAGAUUUAAUAUAGAUCUAGAGAAUAUUUUCAGCUUCAAUGAUCUACAGGCUUCUGUGCAGGACCUUCGGAUGUACGGAAAUUUUAUCGGAACUCUCUAUGGAUAUUUUAUGGCAUUGCCGAAGGAAAAAUUUGGACCAGCUUUCGUAAAUCCUGAAACAAACGAUAAGUUUUGGACAAAUCCUAAAUUCAGAACCGAUUUAUGUUAUUCAUUUUGGGACGAUUUAUCAGAAGUUUGGAAGAAAGAGUGGUUGAACAAUAUAGAAGAACUGUAUGAGUUAUGUAAAAAUAAUUAAACAUUUUUUG